UAUAAAGGGCCCCGAGGCAGGGGAGCGAGCACUCGCUGCUGCUGCUGCUGCUGCGCUGCCGAGCCGCCUCUCUCUGCACCUCCCGCCUCCAGCAUGAGCACCACUGUCAGGCAAUACUCCUCGUCCACCUCCCUCAAGGGCUUCGGGAGCCUGGGGGGAGGCUCCAGCAGGCUCUCCUCCGUGCGGGCUGGGGGAGGAGGGUACCGGGCCCCCAGCGUGCACGGGGGCUCCGGCAGCUACUCCGUCUCUUCCCGCGUGGUCUCGGGGCUCGGCAGCGGCUUUGGGGGCAGCUACUGCAGCAGCGCAGGAGGGGCCCUGGGCGGGGGCUUUGGGGCCAGCUAUGGGGCCGGCUUUGGGGCCGGCUUUGGAGGCUUUGGAGGCUUUGGAGGCGGCGAUGGCAUCCUGCCGGCGGGGGAGAAGGAGACCAUGCAGAACCUCAACGACCGCCUGGCCAACUACCUGGACAAGGUGCGAGCCCUGGAGGAGGCCAACACCGACCUGGAGGUGAAGAUCAGGGAGUGGUACAAGAAGCAGGCACCUGGUCCUGACCGUGACUACAGCCCCUACUACAGGACUAUCGAGGAGCUCAGGAACAAGGUGCUGGUGGCCACAGUGGACAAUUCCAACCUCCUGCUGCAGAUUGACAAUGCCAGGCUGACAGCAGAUGACUUCAGGACGAAGUUUGAGUCGGAGCAGGCUCUGCGCAUGAGCGUGGAGGCCGACAUCAACGGCCUGCGGCGGGUCCUGGACGAGCUGACCCUGUCCAGAGCCGACCUGGAGAUGCAGAUUGAGAACCUGAAGGAGGAGCUGGCUUAUCUGAAGAAGAACCACGAGGAGGAAAUGACUGCCCUGCGUGGGCAGGUGGGUGGGGAGAUCAGCGUGGAGAUGGACGCUGCUCCUGGCAUCGACCUGACCAAGAUCCUGGCGGAGAUGCGGGAGCAGUACGAGAGCCUGGCGGAGAAGAACCGCAGGGACGCCGAGCAGUGGUUCUUCAGCAAGACGGAAGAGCUGAACCGGGAGGUGGCCAUCAACACGGAGCAGCUGCAGAGCGGCAAGACGGAGAUCACGGAGCUGCGGCGCACGAUCCAGAGCCUGGAGAUCGACCUGCAGUCGCAGCUCAGCACGAAAGCGGCGCUGGAGGGCACCCUGGCCGACACCGAGGCGCGCUACGGCACCCAGCUGGGCCAGCUGCAGAUGCUGAUCACGGGCGUGGAGGAGCAGCUGGCCGAGCUGCGCUGCGACAUGGAGCGCCAGAACCACGAGUACAGGGUCCUGCUGGACGUCAAGUGCCGCCUGGAGCAGGAGAUCGCCACGUACCGCCGGCUCCUGGAGGGAGAGGACGCCCACAUGUCUUCCCACUACACCUCGCAGCCUGUGAAAGAAGGGCCAGUGACCACCCGCCAGAUCCGCACCAUCUUCGAGGAGGUCCAGGAUGGGAAGGUGAUCUCCUCCCGGGAGCAGAUCACCCAGGCUGCCCACUGAGGCACUGCCUGUUUUGCUGCAAACCUCGCCCAGCACAGCAAAGCAGAUCCAAGCUGAUGUGUUCUUGCCAUAUGGAUCAUCAAAAGCACCUUCUCCCACUAUCACCCCCUCCUUACCCUCUCUCACCCUUCUCUCAGCUCCGUGCCACACACAGAAAUCAAAUAAAGCUUCUCUUUGCAGUCCUGCA